AUGGCUGGCGAUUCCCUUCUGUCGAGCAUCAAGAAUAAGGUGUCGUCAAAGUUACAAAAGAACAAAAAGAAGCACUCAAAGAAAAAUGGGACUGACAAGCAGGUAAAGGAUACGACUGACAAUGAGUCCUACGGCGAUAGACAGGAUCUCUUACGUUGCGAAGCUUUAUCUUUAGGAGCCACCGAAAAAGACCUUGAGUUGAUUGGAAAUCUCGACGAUGAUGACGAGGCUAGUGAGCAAGAAUUCGGAGACGCCGGGGCAGCAGAAGAAGAUGAGAAAUUCGGCAACGAACUGCAGAGCUUUUUGCAAAACCUUGGAUUAAAUAAGGAAAGUGCAGAGCGGUUUGCUGUUGAAGCUGAUGACGAGGAGAUUGUCGACAAAGAGACCGAAAGGGUCGAACAUCAAGAUCAAGAGACACUUAGUUCAGAUCCAAAAUCAGAAGACACAGCAGAAAAGGAAGCAGAAUCGGACGCAGAAUUCAACGUCGAAGAGAAGGAGAAUAAAGAAGGAGUAAAGGAGGACAGCGGAUUCGUUACUCAAAGUGAUAUGGUCAACUCAGAUAAGUUACUCAUCCCAUUUGAGACUGUAUGGUACAAUAUACCAUUGGACCCACAAAUUGCUCAGAAUUUGAAGGAGAAAGAUGCUCCUUUAACCAAAGAACAAAUCGAUAGGUUGUAUGAACGGGGCAAAGAAAGCCUGCUUGCUGAUAACCAGAUUUACUAUGAUGAGUUAACGAAGGAAUCAUCACAGAGAAAAUUCAUGACCCAAGUGUUGUCAAGCGGUACUCUGAACGAUAAAAUCUCUGCAUUGACCCUUUUGAUGCAAGAAUCUCCCAUUCACAACAUAAAGUGCUUAGAAACUUUGAUGACAUUCUGUAGCAAGAAAUCGAGAAACUCCAUUUUACAAAGUUUGAACGCUUUGAAGGACCUGUUCCUGAACGGACUUUUACCAGAUAGAAAAUUAAGGUACUUCAAAAAUCAGCCUGGCCUCUCAAUGAUGCUGAAUAAGAAAACUUUGGCAAUCUUUUAUUUCGAAGAUCUCCUCAAGAGAACCUAUUUCAAAAUUUUAGAGGUUUUGGAGAAACUGUCACACGACCCCAUCAUCCACGUCAGAUUACAAUGCUUAAAUCAUAUUUUUGAUCUUCUAACCAGCAAGCCAGAGCAAGAAUUCAAUUUAUUACGGUUAGGUGUUAACAAGCUAGGUGACAUUGAUUCCAAGGUCUCCUCCAAGGCUUCAUAUUUACUACUGAAGCUUGAACAGGCACAUCCCAAUAUGAAAAGUAUUCUGAUCGAUGCAAUUGUCGACACCUGCCUAAGGCCCAACGUAGAUUACCACACAACCUACUAUUCCGUGAUCACGCUUAAUCAAACGAUUCUAAGAAGAAGUGAGGACGACAUAGCAAAUAAACUGAUCAAGACGUAUUUCACUCUUUUUGAGAAAUUUUUGGUCGAUUCCGACAGUCAGCAUGAUAAUGAUGCUGUUCAAAGUUCGAAUAAAAGCUAUGAAACAAAGAGGAAGAAGAAUUUCAAGAAGGGUAAAAAGGGCGGUAAAUCAGUGAAGAACGAGAAAACCGAAGCUGAUAUUGUCAGCGAGAAAAACUCAAAACUGUUCAAUGCUUUACUGACAGGUGUAAAUCGGGCCUUCCCGUUUGCCCGGGUUCCAGCUUCGGUCUAUGAGGCUCAUUUAGAGACUUUGUUCAAGAUUACACAUUCUUCCAACUUCAACACUUCCGUGCAAGCCCUAGUGUUGAUCAAUCAAGUUGUCGUCAAAGCCGAACUAAACAGUGAUAGAUACUACAGAACGCUCUAUGAAAGUUUGUUAGACUCAAGAUUGGUCACAUCUUCCAAGCAAGGUAUUUACCUGAAUCUUCUUUACAAGUCUUUGAAACAAGAUGCCGCCAAUGUGGAGCGGGUUGAAGCUUUCGUGAAAAGAAUUCUACAAGUGUGUUCCCAUUGGCUCAACGUCGGGACCAUUGCAGGAUUCCUAUACCUGUUAUUGCAGCUUGUUCAAGCUGUUCCACAGAUCAAGAACUUGUUAACAAACACGCCGGUGGAUCAUGAAUAUCAAUCGGAAAGUGAGGAAGACGAAGCUUCGAAGCCAAAGAACAGAAAGUACGAUAGUCGAAAGCGUGAUCCAAAAUUUGCGAACGCAGAUCAGUCCUCUCUUUGGGAAAUCAUUCAGUUUACGGACCAUUACCAUCCGACCGUCCAAAUGUAUGCUCAAGCUUUCUUACAAAACAAGAAAGACGAGGUGGUCAAACCCGAUUUGGGUCUCUACACACUGGCCCAUUUCCUCGACAGAUUUGUCUACAGGAAUGCAAAGCAAAAGCCAACCGUCAGAGGCUCCUCAAUCAUGCAACCACUAUACGGCGGCUCGCAGAUAGAUCAGGGAUUGCUGGUUAAGUCGUCGGAUUACGCUGCAAACCAAGUCCCUGCCAACACACAGAAUUGGUUAAACAAAAAAGUGCAGGACAUUAAGCCCGAUGAGAUGUUCUUUUACCAGUACUUCACCACCAAACAAAGUGCAAUAAAGACGAAAAAAGACGAAGGCAGGCUAGACGAAAACAGUGACGGUGAGAUGAAUGAAGAUGAAGUCUGGAAUGCCCUUGUCAAAUCUCGACCCGAUGUUGAGGACGACAGCGAAGACGACGACAUCGGGUUUGAUGACGAAGACUUCGACUCCAUAAGCGAAAGCGAAGGCGACGACGUUCCAGAGCAGGAAUCAGACGAUGACUCAUCUGCGGAAGAAGAAAACGAACAACUGGAGCAACGGAAGAGGGAAGAAAACGACGGUGAAGAGAGUGACGAUGAUGAUGUAUUCUACAGCUUUUUAGACGAUGAAGUCAAAGAAGAGGGCAUUGACGAAAAUAGUGCACAAGAAGAUGAAGACGCAGAACAACAAGAAGACGGAUCGAAGAAGCGUCCCCACAGCAGCUCAGCCAAGAAUAACAAGAAAAGCAAAAAGAGAAAGCUGAAGGACUUGCCCCUUUAUGCCUCGGUCGACGAUUACCGAAAACUCCUAGAUUCCGAUGCAGAAUAA